UGACGUAGCGGUGAUGAUGUAAAAUAAACUGAGGAUGAAGAUCUGGCUCUUCAUCCUUCUCCUUCUCGUUCCCGCGCAGGGAGCGCGCCGCGCGGCUGUACGGAGGCGUGACGCUCCGGAACCGCAUCUCCAGGAUGACAGGUAGGUCCAGACCCGGUCCGGCUGGGACAGCACUGCCCGGCCUGACUCGACUCGGUUCCGAAAUGCCUUGCAUGUGAAACUUGGUGUUUAAUGUAUGGAAUCGGACGCAGCCCUUUGCUCUCUCUCUCUCUCUCUCUCUCUUUCUCUCUCUCUCUCUCUCUCUCUCUCUCUCUCUCUCUCUCUCUUUCUUUCUCUCUCUUUCUCUCUCUCUCUCUCUCUCCCUCUCCCUGCUGCUCUGUACUGUUUAAUCCGGGCCAGAACGGAGCCGGCGAUUAGACAAUCCGGGAAAAGGGGCGAAAUAACGGUCAUGAGGAAAAGGCCGUGGUUGUGGUCCAGAGAGGAGUAGACAGGAGUGAGGCGGUGGUGCGGUGGUCUCGGGGGUGAGCAGAACGGAACCGAUGGUUCUAUCCAUGGAGGUUGGAGCUGAUGCUGAGGACACACCUCACCUCCUUCUUCAUCUUCCUUCAUUACCCCCCUGAAACCUAUCCUCUCAUUAACCAACCUUCCAGAACCCCCCUGGGCCCCCCACACCACCUCCUCCUCCUCCUCCUCCUCCUCCUCCUCCUCCGUCUUCCCACUGAAGCAGAGCUGACCUGAGAGAUGAAACUUCAAAGAUCUCCAGCUGUGCCCUCUGUCACUUUCACAUUAAUGUGUGUAUUUUUUAGACAAGUACAUGAUGCGGUGAUAAGUGUGUGUAUUUGUGUGUAUCCAGCCUGAUGUGUGUGUGCCGGCUGCGUACCUCUCUACCGUGUGUGUGUGAUCAUCUGCCAGAGGACUGCAGAUGUGAGUUACGGUUCUACAGGCAGAACCUCCUCAGUCUACACUGGCCCUUUAAAAACUAAUAAAUAAAAAACUCUGGCUUAGAAAAGAAAAGGGGGAGGGGGUGAUGGAAGACGGCAGAGAAAGACAAAAAAAUAAAAAUAAAAUUCCUCUUCACCGUAAUGAACUUGAACGGUGUUUAGUCUCAGUAGUUUCAGUAUUUUUUAGUACUACUUUCAGAUUUAAACCUUAUACGGAUAAACAUUUUACCACUAGAUGGUGCCAAAUCCAGGGUAUACAUUUAAGUUAAAAAAUACUUGUAUUUAUUUUCAAUUAUUCUUUUCUAGGAUACGUCGGCGUAGAGUGGGUGAUUUAUUAUAAUUAACGAAUGUAUUUAUCUUUGUAUUAAUUAAUAACAGUCUGUAUGUUAUUAAUUGUUGAAAUAACAUUAUAUCUAGCCCAUAAUAAAGCAGGUGUCAGGGGCCAGAGCUGCUGUAGUUGUACUGUGAAUUUGUACUAAUGGAUAAUGUAGACAGAAAAUAAAAACUACAGAUAAAUACAGAUGAAAUCUAAACAUUUUUGUUCAUUUAUUUAUUCUAAAGAUAAAUUAAGUUGAUUUUUUGUGUCAAAUAUUGACGUUGGACAAUGGAAAUAAUACAAUUAAUUUUGAUGACUAACACCAGGGCCACUUGUUAACUAAUAUGUAUUUAUGUGGGUUUUUAAAAAAAAAAAAAAUAUAUAUAUCUUGUACAUCAUAAUCCCAGCUAGAUAUAAGCCACAAAUACUUGCGACUGUCUGACAUUAGUCUUUCAGUAUUGAUUUUUGAACAACCACUGUCUUCUUCUUCUUUCCACUCACUGCCACCGCUCUUUUAUCCGUGUCUUCCUACAGUGUUUCACCCACAUCUGAAACUACCUGACGGUUGAUUUGAAUUCUAAUCAUUACAGGUCGUUUUGUCAAAGACACUUGUUUAAUCUGUUGAUCUGCUCCUCUACAACAGGUGUCACUUGUGUACUUUGACUUAAAGUUCAGACUAUGUCAAACACGUGGGUUGGGCCCCAUGGUAUAAACUAGUCCUGGCUUUGAACUGCUGCGGCUACAUAUGACUUUGGAUUCAUGUUGGACUAGAUAAACAGUACUUUUCUGCUCAAUAACUGCUUUAAAACCACCCUUUUUGUCCCUUUGUUGGACUAAGACAUCUCUCUAACCAAUUUGUCUUGUCCAACAAAGGGACAAAAGAAGUGUGUACCAGGUGUAGCCCAGACAAGUGUGUGUGUGCUCCACGAUGAAUCUUGUUAACCUUCUUUAUCUUCUCUCUUUCUUGUGUGCCGUUAAGGUCCGUCUGACUGGUCCUCUGUCUUCUGACAAUAAUGGUCCCUGAGAUCCUGUCACACUCUGGCAACAGGACCAGGACCAGGACCAGGAUGGACUCCAGAACCUCAGUGUGUAUACAAACACUCAUCUUAUCUCUUUUGAUGACGCUGUUUCCCAUGGUGUCAUCAACCUCACCUGAGGAAGGUGUGCUGAGGAUCAACAAGACAACGGACGUUUUGUCAAAUCCGCCCUCUGACCGGCACAAAAACUUGAGUCGGCCUUCUGUUUAUGGUUACCACGGUGAUGGGGCCAGCACAGCAGAGGACCUGGACUCUGGUGCUCAGGGAAUCCAUCUCCUCCUGAGACCUCCAGACCUCCUGACUCCCAGCCUGCCUCCGCCUCUUCCCCCUCACACACAGCCGACCCUCACUCCUCCUCCGCACUGGGAGCAGGGUACCUCUCUGGAGGAGGCCUGGGGCUCCGGAGACUACCUGGAAACUCUGUCCUUCAUGGUUCCUGAUGGCGAGGAGCUCAGUUUGUCCACAUCCCUGCCAAGUCACCCCUACGACGACGAUGAUGUCGGGGACUGGGUGUCUUACGACACUGUCUUCCCGGUUCGCCCCACGCUGCCCCUUUCCACCCACCUUCCCCUGGCCCCGUCUUCUUCGACUCCAAGCAUCCUUCUUCACACCCACCACACCCAUCCGGAUGUCUUUCCAACCUGGGACGAAGACUACGAUCUUGAAGACAUGAUACCUCUGGAGCCGACUGAAUUGUUGCUGCCAGACAUGAACAGUCUGGAGUACUACAGCAACCUGUUGACCAAACAGAGAGAGAGGGAGAGGGAGCGGGAGAGAGAAAGGGAGAGGGAGAACCAGGUCAACCAGACCGUCUCCAAACCCCCUAUUACUCCUACUACAACACGACCUCACCCACCACCUCCGUCUCCAUCUCCCAGCUCUGGUCCUUCCCCCGAAUGGGAACCAAAGCACCCUGUGGUGGAGCCCACCCCUCCCCUCGACCUUUCUCCCAACCUCACAAUUGAAAAGGAACCAUCUGCUCCACCAACCACCUACAAACCCGUCUCCAGCCCCUUUCCUCCUGCUCCAAAACCCAAACACCAAGUCCCAGUAAUUGCCAAAUACCCUCUCCAACCUCCUUCCAACACCACUGGCUGGGUACCUCCUCCUCCCCCUUUGGCACCACCCACCAGCCCAGACAGACCAGAGAGGCCAACGUUGGUCACAGAGGAGCCUGUGGAGGGUCCUCCAACCAAGAUUUCCACCACCACCAUCCCCAAGGCAACCACCGUGGCAACCACGCCUAUCACUACCAAGGCGACAACCUCCACCACAUCCAAGGCGACCACAACAACCACCACCAAGCCAGCCACCAUAACUACCAAGGCCACCACCACCAGCACCACCAGCAGCACCAGCACCACCCAGAUCACAGCCAUCAGUCUGACCAGAAUGCCACCGGUCACCACAACAAAAGCAGCACAAACCCCACCAAUCAGGCACUACAUCUGUAACAUCACCAAGCCGGAGAUGUACCUGGUCAGAAUAGUCAGCUCCAAAGGCUCGUCCGUGGGUUUCAGUCAAGUCCGAGAUCUUCUGAAGAGGGAGUUCAACCGCUCGGUGGAGCUGCAGUUCCUCAGAUCACCGUCCAGCUUUGCGUUCCGUGUCGUAUCAGGACCAGUGAUUUUUACCGCCAUUGCCGUCAUCAAUGUCCUGCGCCAUCCUCCACGCUCAUUCGGCCUGAUCCCUGUUGUAGCACCGCUUUACUCCGUACCGGACCUCAGGUACCAGGUCCACUGUGUGCUGCAGUUUGUCCCCACCCAUGUGGACGUCCGCGUCUGUAACUUCAGUGAACGAGUGGAGAGGGGGCUGAUGAUGGCGUACACUGAGACACGGAAGCGGUCACACGAGGCGGGAAACGUCACAGUACAGCUUUUAAACAUCACCAUGGGCGUGUCCCGGUCGGCGACUGAGAAGAAGGUUCCGGUUGACAUCAUGUUUGUGGUGCGUGAUGGCCGAGGCUAUCUUCUGGGGUCGGAGGUCAGCGAUCAUCUGAGGAAGCUCAGCGUGGUGGAAUUCAGCUUCUACAUGGGGUUUCCCGUCACUCAGAUUGCCGAACCUUUCCACUACCCUGAGCUAAACACCUCUUAUCAUUUGCGUUCCACCUGGGUCCGUACAGUGCUCCUCGGUGUCCAGGACCAGACUGUGGCUCAGAGGAGUUUUAAAGCGCAGUUGGAGAGACGUUUGGCUAUGUUGCUAGAGGAAGGACUGCAGGAGUCCAGCAGGCGGCGCUGGAGAAGAGCAACUGCAGUGGGCAACAACAGCCUGCAGGUUGUGCGGGUGGCAAAGUUGUCAGGAGCAGAGCGCCCUCUGGAGGUCUUUUAUUUUGUAGAGGGUCCCAGAGGUGAGCGGGUCCCAGCCGAGACGACAGCUGCCACCUUGAACCGCCUGGACCUACAGAGAGCUGCCAUCAUUCUGGGGCACAGAGUCCAAAGACCGCUAGCCCAACCUGUGGAGACGAUAUCUGUCCCUCCGUCAGAGACUCAGAGCAAUAGCAUCUGGCUAAUCGUUGGCGUCGUUGUUCCAGUCCUGCUUGCCGUCUUUAUUAUUAUCAUACUCUACUGGAAACUUUGUGGCUCAGAGAAACUGGAGUUCCAGCCUGAUGCCAUUAACUCAAUCCAGCAAAGACAGAAGCUUCAGGCUCCUAGCGUGAAAGGCUUUGACUUCGCAAAGCUCCACCUGGGUCAGCACAGUAAAGAUGACAUCAUGGUGAUUCAAGAGCAGGGGCCAUUGCCUGCACCCGUCAAGGAGGUAACACCGUCUGAUGGUGGAGACAUCAACACGCCAAAAUCUAAAGGAUCGUCCACUAAGGCUGGCCGACCGAGCCGCCGCAGGGGAAGGCUCAGCCCGUCAGACGGCGACUCAUUAGGCAGUGACCAAUCCAGUGGCAGAGAGUCGGCAGAAGAGAGCACCAGACCUGUGGUUACACCCAAUGAGCCAAAACCACAAAAGAAAACUCCAAAAAACGGCAAAAGCAAAAUCGCAGCUCCUUCAGGCAGUGGUCCAGAUGAGCUGCUGUCUUCCUCCUCCAUCUUUGACCACGUCGACCGUCUGUCUCGAGGCUCCUCUGACGGCAUCCGGCGCCAGGCAAACAAGGUUCAGCUGAUUGCCAUGCAACCAAGACCCAGCCCCCAACAAAUGCAGCAUCCCCCGUCACAACCUAGUCCCACGCUUACCGAGAAGGUCAACCAAGAGGUGGCGCUAAGACACAAGUCAGAGAUUGAGCAUCAUCGGAACAAGCUGCGACAGCGGGCUAAGAGGCGCGGCCAGUGUGAGUUCCCCUCCAUGGAUGACAUCAUGGAUGCCUUUGGAGAUGGGCCGGUCCAGACCGAGGCAGCACAGCGGCUCUACAGCUCUGCCCAUGACCACAUGGACUGCAUUCUGCAAACAGAUGCCCACUCACCUCCCACCCCUACAGACUCAAGAAAGAGGAGCAGGCGCUCUCCUCGUGGUUGUCGUGCACACCAAGGACCUGGGAGUCUUCCAGAUACUGACAGGGAUCGACUACUUAUAGACCAGUGCGCCACCUACAGGAAAUACCCCGGCCUCAACAAUGUGGCAUAUAUGUCAGACCCAGACCUGCCACCAGAUCACGGUAGUCCAUCUCCAACCGAUGAGGUUUUUGACCCAGCUCCACCUCCUCCUCCGUACAUGCCCCCCCAGCCCUCCAUUGAGGAGGCUCGACAACAGAUGCACUCCCUCCUGGACGAUGCCUUCGCCUUGGUGUCCCCGUCAUCACAAGGUAGCUCCGGGAGAUAUGCGGAGCUGGGAAUGUCCCCUACGUCAGUUCAAGGCCUCCUGCAAAGGCAGGGCCUAAGUACCAGUGGCUAUGCCUCCACUGGAGAUCAGCUGCAAGAGCCACUUUACUCUAAUCGAGGACAGUAUGAAGACCCACCAUCAUCCUCCAGACCACGACCUGUAGGGGGCAGCACAGGUGCACAGCUCCACCAUCUGACACAGGUGGGUUUAUCCAGUCAGAUCAGGGCUUACCCCGGAGUGGGUCGCAGCAUGUCUGGUCCCACUGGAUCGAGCUGGAACCAGCAGCCUUCGGACCAGGAUCUUUCUAGACCUGGAGACAGCAGAGAGAGUGUGCUGUCAUUCCCCGAGUUCUCCUCUUCUUCAGUUUUCCAGAUGCCGAGCUCCUCAUUGCGGGACUCAUCAGCGCCACCCCUCCUCCUUACUUCACCCACUCCAGAAUACCUCCCAGAGGACGCCUCACCAUCGGCCCACACUUCUGCCUCACUAAUAAAGGCUAUCAGGGAGGAGCUACGUCGUUUGGCCCAGAAACAGGCAGCUGUGACCACCUACCAUUAGACUGAUAUGAGGAUCAGGCUCCUGGUUCUUUGGAGCAGAUCCGUCUUAGUCAGUUAAUGCAAAGAAUCUCUCAAUCCAAUCCACAUCGUCUUUCUCUUAAAGACCUCCGGUACUUUACAGGGUUCUGUCCACCCAUCUCUCUCUGUCCAUAAUUUUUCGGAACAGCGAUUCAUUAAACAGGAGUGUGACUUUUCACGUUCCCACUGAAGUGCUUCCAAGACUGGAGUAUCAUAUUUCUGAACUUGCGGAGCAAAGUUCUCUCCACACUUUCCGGUGUUUGUCACUCUGGAUGGAGUUCUUGAGCGUACCGUGGUCCUGGAAGGAUGGUUCACUUUAAACACUUCGAUUUUUACCAGCCUCAUGUCCUGAUCUCCUCAAGACAUUCGCUGUCUAGAUCUCUUGGAAUGACUGCUUCUUCUGGACUGCUACAGCUCCAACUGUGGUGGAUUGUUCCUCCUAGAUUUCUGAAGGAGAUUGUUUCUCCUGGACUCCUGGAGUGGAUAACCUCCUUUGGAGUCCAUCAUGCAUGGUCUCUGCAGGAGAAUAAGAAUUGAUGGUCCAUCAAGGCCCUUCUUAGUUGAAGUCUUUACUUUUUGUUUGAACAUUUACUCAUCAAACUUGGAUUUGGAUCAUCCCUCCAGGAUUUCAGGUGCGGACAAUCCUCCAUAACCUUCGGUUUGUAUCAUCACUCUCAAGGUUCUGUCUUGGAUUGACCCUCCAGACUUCCUGUGGUGCUAACCAUCAUCCUCAAGAUUUACUAAAUUCAACAAAGUCAUUAACCACUUAUGGCCUUUUCACACCUCCAUCUGCCAUGAGGAAUCAGGUUCCCGUUCAUCAACCACAUCAACGAGGUCCUUGCACUGUUGACAGCAGGUGGCAGUGUUCAGUUCCUAUAAUAAAGGGUCGACGAUAAGAGAAAUAUAUAUAAAUAUAUAUAUAAAUAUUUAUAAGAAUGAAUGCAGAUAUAAGUAAAGAAAUAAAAUCGAAUGAGCACAAUAUUAAUGUUAGAAUUAUUAUCUAAGUAUUAAGAUGUUACUUAUUUUUUAUUGUCUAUAUAUGAAAGUAACCUUAUUUUGACAAGAAAAGACCAAACUACUGUUAGACGGUUGUUUACGCUCGCUGUAGAUGUUCUGCUGUCCUAUGUUUCUCUGUUGAGACGUUGUGCCGUAGCUGCUCACUUUGCUUAUUAUUAUAUCAGUAGCAAUGAAAAAAAAUAUGCGCCAAUGCACUGUUAUAAAUAUUGCCUUUUUUUAUGCCUCUGAUUUGUUGCUCUCAUCGGCCACUGACAGGACACGUAGUCUGUCAGACGACUGGUGGGUGACGACGAGCACUGACAGAAAACAGCCGUCCACUACAACAAGCAAAUAGCUUGAAAAACAACAAUAGCUGGAAAAACAACAACUUGUUUUUAUCUUAUAUUUAGCUGUGGGCUAACUCACAGGAGCUUAACAAGAUUUUUUACCUAAAGUCAAUGAUAUUAUCUAUUCAGUUCACCAAGCAAACCUGUUGUAGCAGUUUGUUUAGGUUAAGACCCUAGCUGCAUUCCAUUUAACAUUUACUUUGUUGUAGCAACUAAUGGUUUGGACAGUAUUCAAACUGAUGCCUUAAUUAAAGCUAUUUAGUGUUAGCUCACAGUACAGCUUGAGGUGAAGAUUAGGCUUUUACUUCCAGAAACCCUCUUGAGUUGACAGUAAAAUAGUGCUAAUUAUUGUUUAAGUUGUGCAAAUUCUCGAAAAAGGUACACACGGAACACUCUCUCUAGUUGUCUGGCUGUUUCCUGUCUUUGCCGCCUUAUUUGUACUGUCAUGAAGACAACUUUAGCCCUGAAGAUCUGUUCCGUGGAAGAUAGUGGGUUCGUUCGUCUUCAGCAUGUCCGAUUUAGUCUGAGGCUUUAGCUGCUUGUGUUAUUCGUGUUAGCAUGCUGCUGCUACAAGGUGUUAAAAAUACAAGUGGUAAAGUGUGAGCCGAAUGAUCAUCAUCACAGUGCCAUACAACCAUCCAUCCAUCCACCGAUCGAACGUAGAAAAGAACUCCAUCAUAGUUACGACCUGUUUUUUUUAGUGAUAAUUUUGAUGACGUGAAAUAGGCAGUGUCACAUGAAAGUGGAGUUGAUGUUGAAUAGAACUAAAUAUUUAGAGGAUAUUUGAUCUGACUACUGAAUGGUUACUACAAAAUGACCUGUCAGUCAAACUGAAGGACUUGGCCCCACCCACUGGAUCACAUGGUGCUAAUACAAGGACUUGUCAAACGCUUAACAAUUCUCUCGACAUAACAAAAUGUUACCGUCUCUUCAGCAUUUCUGGACAUUCUGUGGUGGUCAUUGUGAUGCGUCAACCGGGCAACUCUCGGACUGCUCAUUGUAUCUCAGACGUUUGGUUCAUGUCAAAACUGCAGGUCCAGAUAAAGGCCUCUGACUUGGCUCAGAGAAGCUGUGAUUGUUCAGUGACCGCUCUGGAUUUGCAGUUUUGAUGACGGCCGUCGUCCAUAAUCUAAAAAACACAUUCCUGAGUCUCCAGACUUCUCCCAAUGGCAGCUUCACCGUGGCCACUUCAGACCGAGGUUCAUGUGUAGUCCGGCUGUAGACACUGGUGACAUAGGAACACUGCCACAGCCUCAACUGACCAUCAGGUGUCAUGAGACAGGACCGUCAGCUCCAUCGACAUGGGUGAGCUGUUCGGUCUGAGAUUUGAAAAAAUAAAGAGACACUUUCAGAUGGAUAGUUUACGUCUUUGUUCAUUUGGAAAGAAGUUUAUCAUAAAAUACACUUCACUCUGACAGUCACUAGUUUGGUUACAGUCUUUAGGAAGAGUCUAUAGAGAAAAACAAGAACAGCUGAAAAAAUGUUUUCAAGUUUUAACCAAAUGAGUGGAAAA